AUGACUUUCGCCCAAGGUCAUUAUCCAAAUAAACAUCAUUUCCUCCCUCCACCACUAAACUACAAUAAUAAAAAAGGUAAGAUUUGGUUCUUCUUAUGCGGUAAGGAUAUCCAUUACAUGGAAUAUUUUGAUUGUUUAAAGAUACAACAAAAGUAA